AUGGCUAGUCAAGUGCUGCCAGAACACUGGUCCGAGCUGAACGCAGCUCGCAGCCAACGGAAAUUCUGCGUGGCAGAUGUGGACAAGCUCAAGAGCUCAUGCGCCCGAGACUGCGGCAAAAAACAUGUGACUGAGUGUAAGGCCUGCUAUGGUAGAGUUCUCGACCGCAUGAGAAAAAGAUACAGUGAAAGCAAGGAGAAGGAAUGGUUUUCUCAACGACGGGCGUUUCUACAAGAGCUCGAUGAUCUCUUCGCGGACGCCAAAGACAACAACGGGAGCCUCCAGGCCAUCGAGGCGCACAUUGAAUCCGAGAAAGAGGCUUGGUACCGCUGGGUUCUGAGGCGUCAUCCUGACUUCCUUGAAGUUGCCGAACAUGAUGCGCCAAUCGAAGAAAUGAGGGGAAUGCUCGGCGACCCGGACCGCAGCCGCGAGGAGCUCGUCGCCAUGAUGUGGCAAGGUGUUGGCAUGCCAGAUGAUUGGUCAGAAAAGGUUGAAGAAUUUGUCGAAAAGGUGCUAGCGCUUAAAGAUAAGCCCGAGGAGCUCAAAAAGCUAUAUAUCGCGGAAAUUUUCAAGAGCCCGGACGGCGAAAGAGUUCUCGAGCACGCUCAGCCAUAUUUGGAUGAAUAUCAAGCCUCUGACAGCUUGACACUAGAGCAAGUAAUUGGCCACAUUGUUGAAGAUCAUCACCGCAGCAGGAGCUCGCAACCCCAGAGAGAUACGCAUGCCAGUCGUCUGAACGAACUGCGCAGAGCAAAGACGGCCUUUGAGCGGAAGAGGAAGGAGUCUAAGGCGCUUCUCCGCGAAGCUCAGGCUAAGUCGGUUCUCUACGACCUACCACCGUGCGCAGCAUGUCAACGCGCAGUUUCAUCAGAAGAUAUUUUCUCCUGCUCUCUUUGCCAGGCUAUCGUGCAAAUGGGCGGCGGUGGCCAACUUACAGUCUACUGUUCAGAAAAUUGUCUUGAAAAAGGACAGCAAGAACACGUGGGGAAACAGCACGACUGCAACGCUGGCGAGAAGUGUAUCCAGCUCACAGACGAGGACACGGAGAUGACCGACGACACGACACAAGCCAUGCUGUGCAAGCAGUGCAUUGAAGGCAAUCGUGCUACGGUAUACUGCUCGCAACGAUGCGCCUCCGAAAGGCUCGCCGCACAUAUGCAGGAAGUGCACGGCAAUGCUACAGUGGCGGGCGCUACAUCAGCUGCCGUAGCCAUAUCGGAGAUCGUUGAGCUAACCUUGGCAAGGGAAAAUCCCACGCUUAAGAUUGAGCGAGUUCAAUGA